AUGCGCCCGCCGGGCGCGCUGGGUAAAGGUGGCCAGCCAGGGCUGCGGCUCCCAGACGGGCUCUCCGAGUCCCUCUCCGAGAGCAGAGCGGGCACGCGUCAUUGUGUUACCUGCGGCCGGCCCGCGAGCUGGGCUUGGGGUGUUUUUUUUUUUUUUUUUUCUUGCCUCCCCUCCCUCCUUUCUUUCUGUGCAGCUGAUCUGAAAAGGAAUAAAAGGCUGCCCAUAACCAUAAUAAUAAAAGAAGGGGAGCGCGAGAGAAGGAAAGAAAGCCGGCCGGGAGGUGGAAGAGGAGGGGGAGCGCCUCUAAAGAAGCGAUCAGAAUAA